UCGUACAUCAACCCAGGAGGUUAUAAUAUAUAUUACCACCUCCUUGAGAUCUACGCAUCCUUCGCGUUCGCGAAGAGUUGUUCCAGAGAGAAGAACGACCUCCUCUACUACAGUACGAUUUUUGUUGUUGUGCACUAGAAGUAAAUCCGCUGUUCCUUUUUCUUCCAAUCGGGAGAUUAUAUGUCGCUAUAGUGACGACAUUCAAGCUUCCGGUUGGAUGAAACUGAGAAUAGCUGAUUUACGUCAAGUGUAUAGUUUAUUAAAUCCUAAUGUAGUAGAGAAUGUGUUGUAUGCUCUGCUGCUAUAGCUCUUGGUUGCUCGUUGGUUGGAAGUUGGUAGAACUUGGAUUUUAUUUUUGAAGGAUGCUGGACAUGCUGGAGUGUUUGAAUUCUAACCCAACUUUUUGUCAAAUGAAAGAGUAGUUGGAUCAUACAAAAUUUAUGCAAUAUCACUCAGCAUUAGGGUUGUGUUUCUAUUUUAAAAAAAGAUUAAACCUUUUACCGUUUAAAUAACUUCCUUCUUAUGAACGAUGAACUCACGAGUGUUAGUUUGUUACAAUUUAUAUCAACAGAGAAAGUUUCAAACUUCUGCCCUGUACUGUAUAAACAGACAAUGGCGUGAAGGGAGAGGCCUGCCUAUUAACCCAACUUCCUUUGGUCCUUUAACAAAUAAACCAGAUUUUGCAUAUGAUGAUGGAAGACCAGUUCCUUUAGGUUCAAAUGCGAGGAAAAGAGUGGUGAAACAACGUACAUAUGCUGCGAGAAUUGUCCAACUGCUCAAUGAAGUAAAUUUUGCGGAGGAAAGGCAUAGAAAGUUAAAAGAAGAGGAAGAACAACUCCGGAACAAAAUUUUGGAAAACAAAUUAACUCCUAAAGGGAAAAAAGAACUUGAUUGAUUUUUAAUUUUGAUGCUCGAAUUGUAAUUGGUAGUAUGGGAAUAUGUAGUAAUUAAAUCAGAAUGUAAUUUAUACAAAAUAUUUAGUCUUAUUUCUUACACAUUUUGUAUUAUAAAGCGUGGGCAUGCCAUGAAUACUUUUUCUGAGAGGGUUAUAUGAAAUUUGAAAAUCCCUCGUGUCUACAAACAACAAACUAUUUCCUCUGAAAACCAUCAGUCCAGGAAAUUUCACUAUAUGGGGAGACCACCCCAUGAUACACAUGUUUUUUCUCAAUGAAUUGCCAUAAAUAGAUUAUGAAUAAAUUCCUGGCUAAUUUUUCUUUCUUUCAUGGAUAUAGUGCCAGUAUCAACUAUGCAUGUAUUGUGGAAGACAUCUCAAAGCAAGGGUAUUCAGUGGAGCUACAUCAGCAAAUACUUACUUGUAUUAUUUGAAAUGCUUUUGUGAUAUAAUAUUGCAACAUCUACCAGGAAGACACUUUAUCCUCCUCUUGAAAACUGUCAGUGAAACAUUACCUAAAAGUAUAAAGUAAAAUUAAAAAUGUAAUAUUUGAACAUUCAAAUUUAAUGAAACUAGCACUUCCGCAAUAGAAUUCAAGUUUUGUGCUUUAUACUUUCAAAAAUUUUCUAGGGUUCUAAGCCUUGCAAAAGCUUCAAUUCACUAGGUUAUUGCUGAACUAAGUCACUUCUAUGAACAGCUAGUCAUCCUGGAUAGCAGAGGUUGCUAAGGGUGAAGAGCUGUGGCUGCCUUGUGCCUGAAGGGUUGUGGAUGUUUGUGUGUGAUCAUAUAUCAUUACCUUCAAUGUGAGAGUAAUCAUUAAAUUACCUUAUUAGUUGAAAAGUGACCUCAAGUAAAUUUUUUAAAAAAUUGUUACUUAGUUAGACCAUGAAAUCGUGUUGCUAUCUUUCCAUUCCUCCUGAUACCUCAAAAAUCGUAUAAACUUCUCGAUUUGAUGUGUACUUGAAAAAGUAUCAGGAUCUUAUACUUAACAGGUACUUAUCAGGAUCUUAGCUGGUACCUGGCAAGUUGCUGUUGCAGAAGAAAUAAUUGUGGAAAUAUCGUUUGAAAUUUG